CCUGGAUACACACACUUUAUUGCAGACCUCGGUCUCCACAGGACACCUCCUUGCCGGUCAGCAAUGUAUCGGGUAAGCAUUAUCUCUCAACAUGUGACCCAUGGACCCCCUCCAUUAGAUUCACUAGAUGCUUAUUAAAAACAGAAAAGUCCAGUUCUCAUCCAAGAAGUUCCCAUGAAUCUCUGGUUGAGGCAUGGAAAUCACAUUUUUAACAGUUACACAAGGCCAGUUGUGGUGCGGGCCAGGAAGAGAGCAUGUUUGAAGCCCUGGGUUAUUGGUCUCAUCACCUUUAUAUCACUGAUUGUCCUGGCAGUGUGCAUUGGACUCAUCGUUCAUUAUGUGAGAUACAAUCAAAGGAAUACCUACAAUUACUAUAGCACAUUGCCAUUUACAAGUGACAAACUAUAUGGUGAUUUUGAAAAAGAGGCUUCUAAAAAUUUCACAGAAAUGAGCCAGAAAAUUGAAUCAGUGGUGAACAAUGCAUUUCAUAAAUCUUCACUGAGGCGAGAAUUUGUCAAGUCUCACAUUAUCAGGUUCAGUCAAGAGGGACAUGGAGUGUUGGCUCAUAUGCUGCUGAUUUUUAGAUUUCCCUCUACUAAGGAUCCUGAAACCAUAAAUAAAAUUAUUCAACGUGUUCUACAUGAAAAGCUGCAAGAUGCUAUAGGACCUCCUCAAUUAGAUCCUGAAUCAGUUGAAAUUAAAAAAAUCAACAAGACAGAAACAGACAAUUUUCUGAACAAUUGCUGUGGGACACGAAGGACUAUAAGAUACAGUCCCAGGAUUGCUGGUGGGAGAGAGGUACAAGAGGGUGAAUGGCCAUGGCAAGCUAGUCUGCAAUGGGAUGGGAUCCAUCGCUGUGGAGCAACUUUAAUCAGUGACACAUGGCUUGUGAGUGCUGCUCACUGCUUUAGAGUAUAUAAGGACCCAGCCAGAUGGACUGCUUCCUUUGGAGUAACAAUACAGCCUCCAAAAGUGAAACAAGGCCUCCGGAGGAUAAUUGUGCAUGAAAAAUACAAAUAUCCAUCACAUGAUUAUGAUAUUUCAGUUGCAGAGCUUUCUAGCCCUGUUCCCUUCACAAAUGCAAUACACAGAAUUUGUCUUCCUGAUGCAUCCUGUGAGUUCCACCCUGCUGAUGUGAUGUUUGUGACAGGAUUUGGAGCACUGCACAAUGAUGGUAGCAGUCAGAAUCAUCUUCGGCAAGUACAGGUGGAUCUCAUAGACACUAAAAUCUGUAAUGAACCCAAAGCUUACAAUAAUACCAUAACUUCUAGAAUGUUAUGUGCUGGCUCCUUGAAAGGAAAUAGAGAUGCGUGCCAGGGUGACUCUGGAGGACCACUGGUUAGUCCAGAUGCUAGAGAUAUCUGGUACCUUGCUGGAAUAGUGAGCUGGGGAGACGAAUGUGGGCACCCCACUAAACCCGGUGUUUAUACUAGAGUGACUACCUUCCGGGACUGGAUCGCUUCCAAAACUGGAAUCUAAGAGAGAACAACCUAGCAGAAUGGAACACAUUUUUGUGUAGAGGCCAUUCCUAGAGAUACAGAAUCUCAGAAGAAGUCAUGCAGAUCACCUGGAUCUGACCGAUCGAACUAAACUAUCUGCUAUUUCCUUUCUAGCUCUGCUGCACACAGCAUCCUGCUUCUGCCAGAUGGAUUCUGUUCCAACUUGCAGUCACUUGUUUUCUAGAAGUUUUCUGUCAUCCAGUUUUGGCUUUGUUGACAUAAACUCCUCACGCAUAUAUACAAUUUGAAGUGAUCCCUUCUUUCAUUUCCCCAGCUUCUCUCAUCUCAGUAAAUUUCCACUUUCAAGGUGCAGGGCAAAGAGUAAAAGGAAGUAUGAAAAGGAAAGGACUACAUUUUUACGUACAGAAAAGUAUUAGGUGUUUUUUCCUUAAUGAAACGAGGAAAAUGGUCAUAAUCAUUAUGAAAGGUCAAGCAAACAGCAGAAUACCAAAGACUUCCUAAUGGUGAAAGAAUGGAAACUAAGUUAAGAAAAUAAAGAGAAACGAAAACAACUAUUUUCAUUUCCAGCAAACAACUAACAGAGAUAAACGUGGGGAAGAUUCUGUUUUCUUGUGGCCUACAAUAAUUAUACAAACUCUAUGUAAUAUACUUGUUCUAAGUUAAAGAAAAACCAUAUUUAUUGAACAUUGCACUACUGAGAAUGUCAAUAUAUAAUAAUAAAAAAUAAAUAUUA